AUGAUGAUAUUCUCUCUUUGGCAAUUCUGCCUUCUUUCACUUUUGCUUUCUUAUGGUGUUAUUGAGCUUCAAGCUUCCCACCAUGUCUAUAGCAACCUUCAAACUACCCAACUUACUUCAACACAUCCCCAAGCUAAAGACCCUUACAGAACCGGUUAUCAUUUCCAGCCUCGCAAGAAUUGGAUCAAUGAUCCAAAUGGGCCACUGAUUUACAAGGGAAUUUACCAUCUAUUCUACCAAUACAAUCCCAGCAGUGUAGUUUGGGGUAACAUUGUUUGGGCACAUUCCACAUCCACUGAUCUCGUCAACUGGAUUCCACAUGAAGCUGCUAUCUACCCAUCAAUUCUCUCUGAUAUCAAUGGCUGUUGGUCGGGGUCCGUCACAAUCCUUCCCGGCGGAAAGCCGGCCAUUUUAUACACCGGAAUCAACCCCGACAAAGAACAAGUUCAAAACUUGGCAUUUCCAAAAAACCUUUCCGACCCGUUUCUUAGGGAGUGGGUUAAAGUCCCACAAAACCCCCUAAUGGCUCCAACUCAAGCUAACCAAAUCAAUGCCAGCUCAUUUAGGGAUCCUACCACUGCUUGGCUAGGGCCAGAUAAGAGAUGGAGGUUGAUCAUUGGAAGCAAAAGGAACCAAAGGGGACUAGCUAUCCUCUACAGAAGCAAAGAUUUCAUGCAUUGGACUAAGGCUAAACAUCCAUUAUAUUCAACACCGAAAAAUGGUAUGUGGGAAUGCCCUGAUUUUUUCCCAGUUUCGAAGACUAAGUUGCUUGGUCUUGACACAUCUGCAAUUGGUCCGGAUGUUAAGCAUGUACUUAAAGUUAGCUUGGACAACACUAGGAAAGAGUACUACACAAUUGGUACAUAUAAUGUGAGCAAGGAUAUCUAUAUCCCAGAUGAUGGAUCAAUUGAGAGUGAUUCUGGUUUGAGAUAUGAUUAUGGUAAGUUUUAUGCUUCAAAAACCUUCUUUGACAGUGCAAAGAACCGCCGAAUCUUGUGGGGUUGGAUCAAUGAGUCCUCAAGUGUUAGUGGUGAUAUCAAGAAAGGAUGGUCUGGACUCCAGGCAAUUCCAAGGACUAUUGUGCUCGACAAAUCUGGAAAGCAAUUGGUGCAAUGGCCUGUAGUAGAGCUUGAGAAACUUAGAACAAAGGAGGUUAAGUUACCAAGCACUCUCCUUAAAGGAGGAUCACUUCAUGAAGUCAUUGGUGUCACAGCAGCACAGGCCGAUGUAGAUGUCGCAUUUGAGAUAAGUGAUCUCAAGAAAGCAGAAGUUACGGAUCCAAGUUGGACUAAUGCACAACUUUUGUGUAGUAAAAAGGGUACCUCAGUGAAAGGGGCUCUAGGACCAUUUGGAUUGUUGGCAUUUGUUUCAAAGGAUUUGAAAGAAAAGACAGCAAUCUUCUAUAGAAUUUUCAAGUCUCACAACAAUAACAACAAAUAUGUGGUUCUUAUGUGCAGUGACCAAAGCAGGUCUUCUCUAAACCCAGAUAAUGAUAUGACAACUUAUGGAGCAUUUGUAAAUGUGGAUCCUCUUUAUGAGAAGUUGUCACUGAGAAGCUUGAUUGAUCACUCUAUAGUGGAGAGUUUUGGUGGAAAAGGCAAGGCGUGCAUAACAGCUAGGGUGUAUCCUACAUUGGCUGUUGAUGGUGAUACCCAUUUAUAUGCUUUCAAUUAUGGAAGUGAGAGUGUCAAAAUCGCAGGAAGUGCAUGGAGCAUGAAAACUGCUAAAAUCAAUUGAUCAAGAUUAGAAAAAGAAGUGGGGAGGUUGUAUUAAUUCUUGUAUGUGACUCAUCUACUUAUAGUGCCUCUUAAAUUAGAUAAUUGAUAAGAGAGUUGAAUAAACAACUGUGAGCCAACUUUUUGUGCUUGUAUCAAUCCAUUAUGCUUGUUUUUAUCGGGACUUGUCAUUGUUUGGGAAUUUGUCUCCGGGCUAAUUUGGUAUUACUGUGAUUUAAAAAAAAAUUGUUGUUAUUGUACUUCAAAAAUACUCAGCUGUGAAUUAAAUUAA